AUGCAACGCCACAUCUGCAGCGUGCAUCAGCACAGUAUAAACUCCGAUGGACGGCUUUCUUGCCCUCGGUAUCUACCGCGGCAAUCGGGCCGCAGGGGUUUGCUUGCCGUCCAUGCCAAGCUCCGCGAUUUCCAGCGCGAGGUCGUUGUCGGGAUCGACUUGGGGACGACUAACUCAGCGGUGGCAUACAUCGAGGGAGGAAAACCCAAAUGCAUUCCUAACGCGGAUGGCGAGACUAUCACGCCCUCCGUUGUCGGUGUACUGAAGGAUGGGGAGGUGGUUGUUGGCCGCCGAGCCCAGCGGCAGGCAGUACUGCACCCGCAGACCACCUACUACAGCGUCAAACGACUCAUAGGUCGGCAGUACGACGAUCCUGCCGUACAGGAAGAGAUCACGAGGCUGCCGUACAAGGUAUCCCGCGAUGAGGAGGGCGCUUUAGUUGUGGAGUGCCCCAGCGUGGGGCCAGGGUACCUCUACCCCGAGGAGAUCAGCGCCCAAGUGGUGUCGCAGCUGGUGUCUGAUGCGGCCGCCUACACCCGGGGCAAGGUGACUAAGGCAGUCAUUGCCGUACCCGCGUACUUCGAUGAACGGCAGCGGGAAGCCACCAUCUCAGCAGGAAAGCUGGCGGGGCUGGAGACGGUGCGAUUGCUGCGGGAGCCGGUGGCUGCGGCACUGGCGUACGGCCUGGAUCUCCGUACGGAUUCUGUCGUACUGGUGUUCGAUUUGGGCGGCGGCACGUAUGAUGUGAGCUUGCUGGAGGUUGGCAACGGCACUGUAGAGGUGCUGUCGACAGGGGGUGACGCCUACCUGGGGGGCGAUGACUGGGACGAGGCCAUCGUGAGCUGGCUGGAACGGACCCACCUUCGACCCGCGGGUCUCGACCCAUCCUCCGACCCCCGCCUUCGAGCUAACCUACGCGCCCUGGCGCAGACGGCCAAACACUCCCUUAGCGACAACGACGAAGUUGUGCUGAGGAUGCCGGUCGGAGGUCCCGGGGGGGGCCCACUGGAGGUGCGCCUUAGCCGUACACAAUUGGACGAGCUGACUCAGGAUCUGUGGCGGCGGUGCCGGUUGCCGCUGGACCAGGCCUGCUGGCAGGCGGGUGUGGACCUCAACGAGGUGCUUGGCGGACACGAGGCGCUCAAAGAGCAGCUCCGAAACCGGGGAGUGCCCAGCUGGAAGUUACAGGCGAUGCAGCCCGAGAUUCGGCCCCGAAAGCGGGCCCCCCUGAGCUCUGUUCUGCUCGUGGGCGGCGCCACUCGCAUGGCCGCCGUAGGGCGGUUCCUCUCCAACAUGACUGGAUUACAACCGCUUCAGGCGGCACUGGACCCAGACGAGGCGGUGGCGCUAGGGGCCGCCGUGCAGGCGGGCAUUCUACAGGGCGAGAUUAGCAACCUGAUGGUCAUGGACCAGUGGCAGGCUUCCCUCAUGCGGGCACUCGCCAAGCUGCAGCUGCAGGCCGACCCACGGGUCAGACAACGAAUGGAACGACAGUACUCUUUGGAGGAUGAGGGCGAAAGCGCUGUGGACGAGUACGACGAAGAUGACGUAUAUGGCCGCGGCGGAGGGGGGAAUGAGGAGGGGGUUACUAGGCCGGUCUGUGGAAGCAGCAGUGCCGGCAGGAGGACUGGCGGGGUGCGGGCGCAGCUGUCGAAGAGGCAGCGGCGGCGACUGCAACAACAGCAGAAGCAGCAGCCGCGGCUGCUGCUGCCGGAGGAAGGCGGUGGCCAGGAGGUUGGCGAGGAGGGGUGA